AGCAUUCUUCAGCCUCAACAACACGACUCGCAUUCCUAUUGGUCCGUUACUGAACACACUGACUCUGAAGGCUGUGAUUGGUGGGGAUUUUGCGCACGUGGAAGCUUGAGGACCGAGAGCAGUGGACUAGACUCAGAGGAGUCUGACAAAGAGUAGCGGUAUGAAAAGAUAAUUACAGGUAUUUUGCUUCCGUGUUCGGGUUCCGUUGCUAAUUUUAGAUUAGAUAAAGUCGAACAUCUUAUUUGACAGACUAUAUAUUUUAAUUUUAUUUAGCUUAUAUCUGUAAUGUUCCUAAGCCUUUUGCUCUAAAUAUGUUGUUGAAUAAAACUCUGACGCUUAUAAUCUUUUUCUUGCUAGAUGUUGUGCAGCACCCUUUCUCCCUUCCGUGCAGCAUUAGACAACUAAUAUAUUUUCUUUCUUUAAGCCCUUUUUUAUUUUGUCGCAUUUGCUUGGAUUUUUCAAUCCGUAUUUUUACAUGUACAUUUUUUAAUGCUCAUCUGUUGAGCAACUAUGCGGUGGGUACGCACGAUUUGUCAACCGGCGAGGCAGGAACUAGGCUUGCCGGAGGAUUGUAGUUCGCUGACAAUUUCAAAUUCCGCUUCAACUGGAGAAUACGCAUACCCGUUCAAGAGGCGCCGAUGUCUACGUCAUUUUCAAAAAAAAUUUAUCUGUCAACUUUUUAAUUCGUAGCAACAAAUAGAUAUAUAUUCUCUGCACGUUUCCCCUCCAUUUAAGAAACUCCUUCAACUCCACUCCAAUCAUCACCCCGGCUGAUUGUGAAGGAUUCAACCCAAAGUGUUGGCUAAAUAAAUAAAUAAACGUCACCUCCGCCAUUCGGACAGCAUACCGGAAGUGGACUUUUUCGACAUUUUUCACGUUAAAAAUAUCCUUAAACGUGUUGUGUCAAGGUAUUUUCAUGCGGCUUCACAGAGGAGAUGCCACGAUACUGCGCAGAAAAGCUUUGCCGAAACCGUGGAGGGACUUCAUCAAAACAAGACAAGAAAAUCAGCUUUUACCCUUUUCCCUUGCAGGACAAGACCAGGCUCCAAAAAUGGGUAAACAACAUGAGGCGGGAGGAGUGGACCCCAAGUCGGCAUCAGUAUCUCUGCAGCGAGCACUUCACAGAGGACUGCUUUGAUAUUCGCUGGGGUAUCCGGUAUCUGAAGAAUACAGCUAUUCCCACCCUUUUUCCCUCUGUUGAGAAUGAAUGUGAGAACAAGGUUACCCUUCAGAGAAAUCCUAAAGGCACAUCCCCGUCACAGGCUGAGGACUUUGAGUUUGAUACCAGUAGGAUGCCUCUCAUUUUGAGGAAAAUGUGCCCACCUGUUAAAGAACAGUCCGCGACGCUGCUCAAAGUCCCUGUCUUCCAACAAACAUUGAUCACUUCUCAGUCAAGUCUACCUGAGACGCACACUACUGUCUGCGAGGUAACGAGUAACAGUGGAGUUUCAGCAAUGCCCUGCCGCACACCGCCGUUGCGCUCCGAAGAGCAAACUGACUCGAUUGUGACCGUGUUGUGCUGCGAGACACUUGGCCCUCACGCCAGCGAUGAGGAACAUGCACAUUGCGCUACUUUUGCAGCAGACCAGAGCCAGACUUUUCGUUUUGUGCCUGUGGAACUGAUUAGAGACAAAUCUCUGGGGAGUUUUGCAGAGGAGACCGAGCCCAGCGACAGGGAGCGCGUUUUGGUUCACGAGCACUCGUACUGCAGACAGGACACUGACAAAGACGAGUUGUGGAGUAAGAUCCUGAGUCUGCACACAAAGAUCUUGGAACUGGACCGUAGAGAGGAGAGCACCGUGGCUAAAAUCCACACUUUAGAGAAUGAGAUUUCACUCCUGAAGAGGGAUGGGGCAGUUUUUAAAGAGAAGCAGAAAAUUUUAGAAGAUUAUAUAUCAUCUGUUUUACUCUGAUCUUUAGACAUCUGACUUGUGUUAUUAUUGCCUUUUCUGUAGCUAAUUUUGGUCAGUUAUUUGUCUUGGGUGAAACAGCUUCUGUAACAUGCUGCUAUAGAUGCAGGUCUGAUGAUGUCCACGUGGUGGCACUGUGGUCAUUUUCAUUGCUUAACAGCUGUACAGGCCUAUUGGACAAAUUAGAAUAUUUUUGAAAAGUCCAUUUAUUUCAAGAACAUUAUCGCUUAGUAAAACAUUAUAUAGUAAUAAUUACACAGAGAUGGAUGUUUUAAAGCCUUUAUUUCUGUUAAUUAUGCUGAAAUUUAAAAUUAAAAUAUAAUAUGAGACCAAUUUUGUUUAAAAACAUUUUUAAUAUAAAAAUGUAGUCAUAAUGAAAAAUAUGCUUUAUACCUGCUUAAUGUUGUCAAUUUUAAAAACGUACUUUUAUCCUGACAAAUGAGCUUUAUCAGGACGCAUAUUCUAAUUUAUUCAUGUAUCUAUAUUUUUAAAUGUGAACUGCACAUUUCACUUUUUCUCCGAAUGGUCCUAAAUUUCAUUUUACAACCUGACACCAAUCUACAAGAUGGUUUAAAUUCAUUUUAGCUACUCAGCUUCAUAAUCCUCCCCAGACUGUAGUCAUCAAUUUGUCAGGCUUUCCGUGUGGUGGUGAAAACUAUUCAUUUCACCACUUUUCACUUCUCUGUGACUAUCAAUCAUAAUAAAAUAGAGUAUGGAGAAAUGUAAAAAUGUUUUCCACACUUUUAUUCCUUUCUAGUCACCAUGGUGACCACCAUUUCACUUCUUUCUUCAUCUACCACAUCGAGUCUCGAGCAUCGUAGGAAUAGUUGUCUUGAAAAUCAUGACCUCAUGCACUUACAAAGGUUUUGAUGGGCCGAUGGGAUCUGAAAUAUUUGUAGAUUGUACAGGUGUUAAUUCCUUAAUUGCUUACUUCCGUUAACUGUACAUUUAAGUUAAGUUGUCUCUUUAUGUUAAACUUGUUAAUCAAGUAAUUUGGAAGCCAAGAAAGCUGCGGAAAUUUGAUAUGAAAAAUCUCGCUUUUUCUGGCCCAAUUUUUGGGAACAUCAUUUUUUAUGGAACAGCCAAUGUAUCACUUAUCAAUUGACCACAGUGGUAUUCUACCAUUUUUUAAUAAUACAACUGCUGUGACAAGUUGUUAUAAAAACUAGUUAAAAGAAUGAAUUUAUUUUGAUUUUUUUUUUUCUCUUGCAUGUUUUUCUCAAAGUUUAAGACCCAGGUGUCUAUAAAUCCGGUAUAAAUACUCUUACUUGUCACAUUGCAUCUGCUCAAUUAGCAGUCACUAGUGUGCCCCCAAGUGUCUGCCUAACACUUUGGAAAUUUGAAUAAUUGAUGCCCACAAAGCAUGACAAGGCCAUAAGAAGAUAGCGAGGCUUUCCCAGGAAGCAGCUUCCGCCUGUUUGCAAUUCAAUUAGGUAGAAAAAUAAAU